AAGGGUCAGGUUAUUCUCAUAGAGAAGAACUAGGGCAGCAAGGACAAAGAGGCAACAGGUCAUGUGCUGCCUCAACAAACAGCAGCAGCAUUAUGCAGUCACAACCUUCCCUUGUCACUAAGCAACAAAAAAUUGACCUCCAGAGAUUCUCUUUCCUGAAGACAUCCUCCAAAAGACAAGAGGAAAGUUUGCCUUUUCUGCUCCCUUCUUGGAAAGAUGCAAAGUGCUUUAGUAGGCUCCUGGCACAACAAUGGCUUCUAUGGGCACUACAGAAGCCAAUUCAAGAGUGAAAGUGCUAGAGAAUACCGCCUUGCAGCCAAGCCCCAGCCUCCAGCAGUGUUCCUGCAGCGAUGUCAGGAGCCGGCGCAGCAACACUUCUUCUCCAAGCACGACAACCGUACUUCCUUUGACAAAGAGGGUCCCUACUGCCUGCUGCAGGGAAUCGGAAGGCGGAAGGACCUGGAGCGGCUGUGGCAGCGGCACACCUUCCUGCGCUGGGCACCCUGUGAGAUAGAGUUGCGCCAGGAGGGGCCCCUGGAAUCUUCUUACCAGGCUGAUUUCCGACCAGGCUCAGGACUCAGUGGCCUCCCCCAGCGCCUCGUCCACUUUGUGCAGGUCCAGCCUUCCCAUACCAGGACCACCUACCAGCAGAACUUCUGCUACCCAUCCCAGGGUGGCCACUGUGGCAGCUACAAGGUAGGGUCCCAGGCGCCGGUCACUGACAUACUGCCUGACCUCCCAGGGAUCCCAAGACCCAAGCUGCUGCAGCACUAUCUUCAUGCUGGGGUCUCUGAGUGUCUAAACGGUCCAGAGCAUUAAACAAGGACAGCUGACACAGCACAUUGUCUGUGUUUGCAGCCCACAAUGGGAUGCAGCCCAAGAGGCUGAAAGGUAGUAGUGGGCUGCCAGGUCUUGUGCCUGUCUCCCAUGGCACUUGUGCCCAUGGUGUGUUUGUGUGCUGGGCGUGAGAGGUGCUGCUCUGGGAUCCCUGCCACUAAGUGAGAAAGGGUAAGGCCUGCAGGAGGCUAAGAGUCCAGGAGGAUUGCCAUAGCCACAGCAGGUGGGUUCCAGGGCCCCAAGUACUACUCUGUUCUUGCAGUAAACCCAGCUGUAGAGAGGAAGAUUAGAGGGCAGUCCCCAGCCUAAGUUGAAGUCAGGACAGAGCAGGUGGUAGGGUAGAGGGGGUGACACUGAGGGAGGGUCCUUAUGAAGGCAGUGGAGUGACUAUCUUCCCCAGAACCUUUCUCCUCUG